UCUUUAAUUAUUCCCUUUACUAUAACCACAUUUAUUUAGUAAUGGAUGCCUUAAACACACCGGUACACAGAGUGGACAUUAAACAAGAAACAUUCGACGGCGAUAACAAUCAAGCGCUGCUUGCGUGGUCUGAUUAUAUCAAUCAAACACAGCCAUUGAUGUGGGGCACUGAAGGAGUUGACAUGUCAAGUCUUGUUGAUCCGAGCAUAUGGUCAACAGAACCCCAACAAGAGCCAAAUGGCCUAAUAAAUUCAACUUUUGAUAACCUGUUUGGACCUUGGAAUGACAAUAUCCCAUCAGCAGCACCUAUAAAAGAAGAAUGGCCAUUAAAUCCUAUACAACAAGUUGGUUAUCAACAUCAAGAUCCUUUAUCAUUUAUGACCAUGAACAAUGCUGUUUAUGUUAAUCCAUAUUCUCGCGAAAUUACUCCUCCAUCAUCUAUAACAUCUGAAAAUAAUUCACCAAAUAGCAGUAUAUCUUCACCCCCAUCCUGUUGUUCUAAUCGUCGCAAAUCUUCGUCAGAUUAUCAAGCGCCACGACCUUAUCGCCGUAGAGCAUCUUCACAUCCCUCUGUUGCAUCUGUUGUCUCUUUAACUGCCCAUGAGCCUAUCGCACGCAUCAUCGGAGGAGUUGAACACAUAACAUUUUUAUAUUCUCACGAUCGACUUGUAAAAGAAUAUACAGUUCGAACAGAUGUGAAUAGCGUAAAUUUAGAAAAUAUUCCUCAAGAUUUCCGAACUCAAAAUGCAAUUUAUCCCAGAGCAAAUGUGACCAGGGAAGAAUACGAUGGUAAUCGAUGGGAAUAUGAAACUAGCUGUAACAAAUUAGGAUGGCAAUUAUGCUGGUUAAAUCAAGACCAACUUUGUGGUAGACGUGGUCUCAUUCAACGAGCAGUUGAUUCAUAUCGUAACAGACAUACAGAAAUGAGAUCAAGAAGAGUGACUCGCCAAGAAAAAGUAGCCAAUGGCACCCUUCGCAAAAGACGAGUAAAGAAGGCUCAGUCUGCCAUUUUGUAAAUAAAAACCUUAUCUAAACGAAAA